CUUGGACAACAUUGAUCAUGUCAACAAGACAAGAUGAAAAAUAGUAAAUACUUCUAGUAAAUUCGAAUAACAAAUGGAUUUAGAUCGCUAUAAAAUAAAUUCAGUGCCACCUACAGUAUAUUACAUUCCAAGUUUCAUUACUUCAGAAGAAGAAUCUCUUAUUCUGAAAAAUGUUUAUUCCGUUCCUAAACCUAAGUGGACAUGCCUGUCCAAUCGUAGAUUACAAGAUUAUGGAGGUGUACCACAUGAGAAAGGUAUGAUUCCAGAAAAAAUUCCUAGUUGGUUAGAAUUGAUCAUGAACAAAAUUGACCAAUUUCAUCUUUUUGGUGACAAGAAGGUAAACCAAGUUCUUGUAAAUGAGUAUUUGCCUGGUCAGGGUAUAAUGCCCCAUAGUGAUGGACCACUAUUUUAUCCUACUAUAGCAACUAUAACUUGUGGAUCACAUACUGUCCUAGAAUUCAGCAAGAAUGAUGAAAAACGAGAAAAAAUAUGUGAUUUGAUGCUAGAAUCAUGUAGUCUUGUGAUAAUCAAAGAUGAUAUGUAUUCAAAAUAUUUACAUUCCAUUUCAGAGAGAGUUGAGGACAAGAUAUCUGACUGUGUUAAUAUUGAUAAUAAUUAUAAUAAUUGUAGGAUUGAUACUAGUGAUGUUCUGAAGAGGUCCACAAGAGUAUCUUUAACAAUAAGAAGUGUUCAUAAAGUUCUGAAAAUAAAACUUUGGUAGCUAUU